UCUAUCAAUUAUCCAAGUCAGUUAGUUACCUUGGAAAUGAGUUCGCUACCUAGUUUGGAAACUCCUCACCAAAGUUCAAGGAUUACAACUGUUGUUCCUUUAACCCCAACCCUUCAAGGUGAUGAAAUCGUUGCGUAUAACUUAAACUACAUGGACUUGCUAAUGAAACUCCACUAUAUCCGAUCAAUUUAUGUAUUCAACUCUGAAGUCAUGCAAAACCUCUCAUUAUCCGACUUAAAAACACCAAUUUAUGCACUACUCGAGUCUUGCUCACAUGUUUCAGGUCGGAUUAGAAUACUCGAAUCUGGAAGACCGUUUAUCAAGUGCAACGAUGCAGGAGUACGCGUGGCUGAGACACGGUGUGAUAAAACGCUGCAUGAAUGGUUUGAUGAAAAAGAAUACAGUGUUGAAGGAUUUGUCCCAGAUCAUGUGCUUGGUCCUGAUCUUGCUUUUUCUCCAUUGGUUUUUGUCAAGUUCACACACUUCAAAUGUGGAGGACUCUCUGUGGGAAUGAGUUGGGCUCACAUCCUUGGAGAUGCAUUUUCAGCUUUUAACUUCAUCAGCAAAUGGAGUCAAAUACUAGCUGGCCAAGCUCCACCAAAAUCUCUUCACAAGCAAAAUCUCACAAAACCUCAAUUCUCAUUAAAUUCUGUUUCUGACAAUCCCAUUUCCAUCAAAAGGGCAACAUGUGUUGAGGAAUAUUGGCUUGCUACUAACCACAGUGAUGUAGCUACUCACACUUUUCACAUCACUUCCAACCAACUUCACCAUUUGGUAACACCAUCCACAACAUCUAACAAUAUCAAAACAAAAUAUUUUGAAAUUAUUUCAGCUAUGAUUUGGAAAUGUAUAGCGCAAAUAAGAGGAGAUUUUGGACAGACGGUUGUGACAAUAUGUACUACAAAUAUCUCUAAUCGUGCUGAAAAUGAAUUCCCAACAAAUGGCUCCGUGUUGAGCAAAAUUGAAACAAAUUUUCCACCUGAUCAAGCUAAUAUAUUAGAUUUAGCAAAUCUGAUUACCGAGAAAAAAAUGAAUGAGAAUCAUGUAUUGGAAAAAAUUGUGGAGGACGGUGAAGGCAAAGAGCAUUUUAUAGUUUAUGGAGCUAAGUUAACAUUUGUAGACUUGGAAGAGGCUGAUUUUUACGAGAUAAAGAUUAAUGGACAGAAACCCAUUAUGGUAAAUUGUGAUUUCCGCGGUGUUCAUGAUGAAGGAGUUGUUUUGGUUCUUCCAGGACCAGAAGAUACUGAUGGUAAUAAUGGAAGGAUGAUAACAGUUUCAUUGCCAGGAAAAGAACUUGACCAGCUGAAAUGUAAACUAGCAGGAGAAUUGGGAAUACAAUAUUUGCAUUUUGAGUAAUUAAUAAUGUUUGAGGCUCUUGAUAUCUACAUAUGAUGCUAUUUUAUAAGGGCAAGCAAAGUGAUCUAUUAAUAUUCACUAUCUUAUCUUAUAAGGAAUAAUGAAUGUGACAUAUAUGGUGGCGAGAUUAUUGUAGGCUACUGCUAUGUAAUUUUAGGGAUAGUGGUCGUUUUAUAAGCUAAUAAAUUGAGUGUUGCAACAUUAUAAAUUUGA